AUGCCACUAGUUCAACCCAGUGGCAAAGGGCCUUUCCCAGCUUUUUCUUCUUCUCCAUACUCAACUCUAUUUCUUAUUGGGAUCCUCAGCCUUUGGCUUCGAUGCUUUGUGGAAGAUCCUCUCACAACCACCAAUUUCCCAACAAGCGCUCACAUGGAGGAUGGAAAGGGCACUG